CGCGCGUCGGUCACAUAGGCUUUCUAUCAAUUGCUCGAUAAGAUUGAAUUAUUUUUAAUGUUGAUUGUCGUAAGCUUGCAAAUUACUUAUUAAUUAGUGCAACAAUUACCGUGGAAUUUGCUGAUGCGAAAAAUAUUGAUAGGUUUAUCGUUUGGAAGCUAAUGAGUCAUUGAAGAUGGCUGAUACAUCGUCAGUCACAGCAAACAUGGAAUCAGAAAAACAGGACGAUUCUAUGAAGAAUUAUGAAUUUGAUGGUCAAACGUACAUUUACACUGACAAGGCGACGAAUAUUACUUAUAUGUUUGAUCAAGAGAAUAAUAAAUGGAUUGUGAAAGAAGAUAAUAAAGUGAGCUCUGACAGUAAAAGUCUUCAAAUGGAAAAGAAGGAAGAAUCUGGUCCUGAAGCUGGUGGAGCUGAUGUUUUUGGUUUUGAAAACGACACGCACACUUAUACAGAUCCAAAUGAUGGCAGUGUGUACUUUUGGGAUAAAGAAAAAAAUGCCUGGUUUCCGAAAGUUGAUGAGGAUUUCAUGGCCAAGUACCAGAUGAACUAUGGUUUUACGGAUAUGAGUACACCACAGCCAAAACCACCAGAACCAAAGCAGCCUCCACCUACUCAGAAAAUCAAGGAAGAAAAGGAGCAAAGAAGAGUAGAAGCCAAACGGAAAGCUCAGGAACCGCCGACCUGGUUUGAAGUUGACGAAGCCCAUAACACUGCUAUCUAUGUAUCUGGCCUACCUUUGGAUAUUACCAUAGAAGAACUCACGCAACUCUUCACCAAGUGUGGCCUCGUAGCAAGAGACGAAAAGGGAAAAGACAAGAUCAAACUAUAUAAAGACGGUAAUGGAGAACCAAAAGGAGAUGCUCUUUGCACCUACAUCAAGGUAGAGUCGGUGGAUUUGGCAUUGAAAAUUUUAGAUGGUUCGCAAAUCCGGGGAAAAACACUGUCGGUUCAGAGGGCGAAGUUUCAAAUGAAGGGCGAGUAUGAUCCCGCGUUGAAACCGAAGAGAAAAAAAAAGGAUAAGGAACGACAGAAGAAGAUGCAGGAAAAAUUGUUCGACUGGCGACCGGAGCGUAUGCGAGGCGAACCGCUGAAAUGCGAAAGAGUUGUCAUCAUAAAGAAUCUUUUCGCACCGGAGGAUUUUGACAACGAAGUCCAACUGCUCUUGGAAUAUCAGCAAGAUAUUCGAUCCGAGUGCCUGAAGUGUGGUGAUGUCAGGAAAGUUAUCAUUUAUGACAGACAUCCCGAAGGAGUAGCGCAAGUUACAUUCCGAGAACCGGCAGAGGCGCAAGCUUGUGUGCAACUUCUAAACGGCCGUUGGUUCAGUCAGAGAAAGAUUUCGGCGGAGAUUUGGGACGGCAAGACCAAGUACAAAAUUACAGAGACUGAUGCAGAGAUCGAAGCGCGAAUAGAAAAAUGGGAUAAAUAUUUGGAGCAAGAAGAUGAAGAAAAGGAAAAGAAGAAGCAAGAGAUAACGAGCAGCAAUGAGAAACAAAAAACGUCACAGUGAGAGUGCAUCGUAUCAAUUAUGAUCGAUAGAAUUGUAUUUUAUAGAUUCUAUUUUCUUUAUUUCUCCAAAAGUCCUCACUGUCGUAUUGCAUUUGAAUGUUAAGCUCAAAGCUUUUGUUUUGGGCGUUUUGAGAAUCUGGAUGAUUAAUUGAUCCCGUCACGAUGUGAUUGAGAUUAUAAGUGGCUCACUAUUUUCAUGGUUAAAUCGGCGCUACUAUUGUGCUAGUGAUAUAUUGUUAGUUGUUGUAACAAUAAAGCUGUCUCUCCUAGUUGUCUUCUCUCAUUGUAUCUC